GAACAGCGCUUACAUUUAAAGUUAGACCUUGUUUUCGUAUACAGGAAAAGGAGUAUUUAGAGUUUGAAGGUCUGCUGGAAAAAAGCGUUUUGCCAGGUAAUCAGCGCGGCAUACAUUUAUCAGUGUUGUAGUGGGACUGUCCUCUUCCUAUCUAAACUCUCUACAUGGAUUUUAAUAUUUAAAUAGGACAAGCUGAAUGUGAGUGUUAGCAGUGGACUUUUCUGCCUAUCUUGGUUAUCAGGGACCAAUUGACACAUUUACACAGGAAACCCUCAAUGAUGUAACACGUGGAGAAUUGCGAUCUUUAUUUUAACAUACUUUAUUGUUUUUAACUGGACAGUUAAAAAAAAUGCCUUGAGAGACAUGGGACCAAAACAACAAAUAUUGGUGUUCUUAUUUAACCUGUGGUGGUGCGUUACUGCUAAUACGGUAGUUCUGCCAAAUUUUCAACAACUUCGCGCCAGUUACCCGGGUUACAAACAUCAUGGCGGCAAAUUCAGGAAUCACCACCUUAUCCAGGAGAUUGGUUGCCGUUCAGAUAAACUCCUGCACGAUACAAGUGCACUGCGACUGUCCUAUGCCCUAAAUAAAAUUGGUGGGGUUCACUCCCUUGGGAAAAGCCUUAUUAGACUGUCCAAGUUUGGAGAAGACAGUGUUGUUGGUAGAGAUAGACUCCAGUAUAUCUAUCAUCCUAUAGCGUAUGGCCCUUUCCUUGCCGAUAAGUAUGGAUAUCCUAGUGUCUCCAAACUGCAUGAAAUGGACCCCGUCCACACCAAGAAAAACUUCUGGGGGAAGCAGGGCAUUCUCAGAGUGAUAACCUACACACAACACUCUAAUCUGCCCGUUGGACAUGUUGCUUUGUGGGACUGUAAUAAAUUCUUCCAAUCAAAAGACUGGAUUGCAAUGCAUUCAUUAAUUACUGUGGAAUUCUGGGAAUCACCAGAUUCUAACUGCAGUGGUGCAUUGGAGCCACCAACAGUAACAGCUCAACACUACAAGCACCACAGAAACAACCAGUCUCAUCAUCCAAUGAAAACCAUCUAUUCAAAAGCCUCUCAGAUAUCCAGCCAAUUGGUAGCAAAAGUAGGCAGCCAAUCAAAAUCAAUGUCAGAAACUGCUCCACAGUUAGGAACUCCCAGUUCUGUUCUUCAUUUGAACAAUAAAUACACACAGCAACAGACAACUGAUCAGUUGUUACAUAAUCCUUCAUACAGAAGAAAGUUUCUGAAAAAGUAUUUUCUCAGUAAUGGACAUUUACGCCACGCAAAACACAGAGGACUUGUUCUGAAAGAAAAGGGAAAACUAAAGUAACAAAAUGUCCAUCCAACACAACUGUAAUGGUGCUAUACUCUAGUCAUCAACAUUAAACCAAGGACUGUGUCUAAAAGCCAAAUUCACCUUUAUAAAGUCUAAUUUAAAAACAGACUCAAGGGUAAUCUAAUGCAGCUAUCUUUGACUUAAAUGUCAACAUCAUCACUGGAGAACUGAAUAAAAUAUCUGAGUGAAAUCAUUGACCAUGAACUUCAGUUCCUUUCCUCAAUCCUAAGGCAUGUCAUUUUAUCAAAAUCACCAUAGAAACUCCUUAGUGUACAUGAUGUACAUUUGAAUUGCAUUUUCUUUUCUUAUAUUAGAUUUCCAUCAUUAUGGACAUAAUGUUCUAUGUUAUGAUGACUUGUGGAAAUUAAUUCCUUUGUUUUAAUUCAGUACGUAGCAUUAACUGGCUAGUCAAGUAUUGUCUGUGAAAAUGUGAAUGUUUCUGAAUGAAAUGUUUGUAACUGUGGAGAAUUCACAAUUUUUACUCACAUUGCCCUUUCUUAUUAUGGUCUUCUUUUUAUUUAUGUCUUCAUGCACUUGUUAAAUGCAUUUAAAUCAUCAUAAGUCAAUAAAUACACAAGAGAUGAUGUAUAUUUUUGUAAAUUUUUACGUGAUUACAAGCACAUAGUGUUCCAUAACCUCUGUAAUUCACCAUACAUUAAGGAUAAGGAUUAAUGUGGCAUUUGUAUGAUAUGUGAUGUUGGAAAUUUCUGAGUUGCUUCUAGAUUAAAGUACUGUAGAAGUACUUUUUUCUGCAACUGUAGAAGUACUUUUUUCUGCACGAUAUUAAUUUAUGCCGUAUACACGGUUACAAAUUUUUUGUAAGUUUGUCCCAGUGUACGUAGAGUAGUGGCAAUCUACAUGUAAAAAAAAAAAAAUUCCGUGUAAUUUCUACCCAUUGAUUCAACAGAAAUUGUGAUUCCACAGAAUUAAGACCCUGUGAAAAAAAGUAUGUUUACAGUAGUUUUAAUGUAUCCCUUUCCAUCAGUUCUGAAAUUAUACUUUUGUCAUAUUUUUGUCUUGUCAAAAAAAGAAAAGAAAAACUGUUAACAAACAACUUCUUAAGAAGGACAAAAAAAAAUUAGGAUCUGUCAAAAUAAAAAAAAAAUAAUAAUCUGUGAAAUAAAGUAUUAAUGCUUGUAUAAUCCUCUCUCACUUUACAUAUAGAUUGUUAGAUAUUUUUCUCUCAGUUUUUAUAUCAUGCACAAACAAGAAUCUUCUCCGAAUUCAUUGUGUUGCAAUUAAACGUAUCAUUGACACUAUGUAUAUAAGCUCAUAAAGAAAAGAAUAUAUUUGAUUACAUUAUCAUUGCUUGCUCUGAAAGAAUUCUGUGACAAUUUUAUUGGCCAGUAACACAAUCCUAAUUUUGAUUUAGAUAAACUGUUUCCAUUGUGAUACAUUAUAAUCUGUACUGGGUGCCAUUGCGUAAUUAAAAUAAUGAUUGAUAGGGAACGAGAUAAAUUGAAAAGAAGUGACUUAAUGCUAGCAAACCUUAGUCCCUACCACUAACAGCACCUGCCUAGAUUAUGCAAACUGCAUUUAGCUUGCAUUCCAAUAUUUUUAUGCAAAUGUCUUGUCAAUCCUCGGACUUCUUUACCUUCAUAAUGUCUGUUCAUCAGAGCAGAAAUAUUUAAUGAUGUAAUGCUUUGAAAAGACUAGCACAUUUUUUGUAGUGUCUGAACAUUUUAAUAGAGUAUUUUACCAUCCGAAAGAAAAAAAACAACUUUUUUUUUUCAAAACAAGAAAAUCUGAAUUUGUCCCACUCUUUGUGUUUUAGGUAAUGCAAGUUACAGAGCAUUAAUUUUUGUUUUCUAUGUCCCUGAACAGUCAAGGUGUUUUUGAAUGAGAGUUCUUGUGUCUAGCGAGUGAGAGGGAUUUAACCAUUUUUUUUGGAAAUAAGCUCCUCAAAGAGCAUAUGUGGAUUAUAACUACAUUAAAUUUUUGAUAAGCUUUUAUGUUGUGAUUUGACUAUGAAUAAAGAAACAUGAAAGAUGAA